AUGCCUCACCUCUCCCAUUUGUCUCUCCAGGAGAAAUGUGCCCAGUACUGGCCCUCGGAUGGAGUAGUGUCCUAUGGAGACAUCACAGUAGAGCUGAAGAAGGAGGAGGAAUGUGAGAGCUACACCGUCCGAGACCUCCUAGUCACCAACACCAGGGAGAACAAGAGCCGGCAGAUCCGGCAGUUCCACUUCCAUGGCUGGCCCGAAGUGGGCAUCCCCAGCGACGGAAAGGGCAUGAUCAGCAUCAUCGCAGCCGUGCAGAAGCAGCAGCAGCAGUCAGGGAACCACCCCAUCACUGUGCACUGCAGGUACCACUCUCCCCAGCCCUCUGAGGGGCAGAGAAAGUGACGAGAGGCAGGCAGG